AUGCCGAAUUUGUCGGUAAGCAAGAGAGCUCUUCUCGGUCGUCCUUGUCUGACGUGCCAACAACGAAAAAUCAAAUGCGAUAGACGGAAGCCAACAUGCGAACGAUGCGAAAAGGCUGGAUUUCAGUGUGAAGGCUACCCUGUCGAGCCUUUCGUCCUCGUAGUUCCCACUACAGAAAUUGGAAAAUCGAACAAGGUCACAUUAAAACGAAUUCGUAACAGACAUAAUGUCGACGUACCAGAGGGAAAACAGAGAGAGCUAUGCUCGCCUUCGUUGACGGGGAGUAUAAACAUGGCUCCUGAGAACAGGAUGCAAGUGCUUUCAUAUUUCUUAGAGAAAUACAUGCCUGCUUCUAUGACUAGCUACCGUACCUUUGAGACGCCAUCAUCAUGGAUCAGAGGCUUGCCAAACCUGCUUGGUCGUUGGGAAAUUUUAGAUACAGCGUUGACAGCAUUAUGUCUUGCAUAUAUCAGUGAUUCAAGCCAUAACAAUGCGUAUAUGCAGGAAAGCCAGAGGUUUUAUAGUGCGGUGUUGCGAAGACUGGGGUCUUUGCCAUUGGAUUCAAUGAAAUCGGCCAAUGAUGGAGUAUUGGCUACUACUAUGAUUAUGGCCAUGUAUGAGCUUUUCCAUUGCACCUAUCAGGGUCUGCAUGGGUGGAUGUUUCACGUCAAAGGUGCCUGUAGGCUUCUAGAAUUGCGCGGACCACCAUCACAAGCGUUACCUCUCAAUCUGAGUUUGUACAGCCGGGUACGAAUUACAGCGAUAUGGGAUGCAUAUGGAACAAGAAAGCCCCUCUUCCUCGCUCGCCCCGAAUGGCAAGGUCUGUCAGAUACCCCCCAUGACAACCUCCUCGAUUUAUUGGUGUAUAUUCCAGGACUACUGGAGAGGCUAGACAGCAUCGCCACUAAAACAGAAGAGUCUUUGCAAUUUGGCAACUAUAAGAUUGAUCUUCUUGCUAUCGAUGACCUUCUCAGCUGUUGGCUCGCAAUAAGCCAUCGUCUUACAAACUGGUAUUCUGAUUUCGAAUCGGAAGAAUUUGGAGGCUUGUUUAAAACUGGACCACUUCAGCUUCAAAGCCAUCCAUACCUGGAUAAUAACACUAAGCUUCAUGCAGUCUUCCCCCAAGUGAUUACCUUUCGGGAUGCGUAUAUCGCUCAAAUCAUGCUUUUGUACUGGUUCGGUGAAACUAUCAUCCACACUGCAAUGACAAAACUCUAUAAAAUUAAAGAAAAUUACAAGGGAGUCAUGAACAAAAAUGUUAUUCCCACAAGCUACAGAUCUGCUCAUCAAGACAACAUGGAAAACGCAUCAAAGAUUGGUGACUAUUAUGCAACUAAAAUAUGCCAAUCUGUUGCCAGCCUGCGAGGUGGGUAUGGCUUUCAAAUAGCCAUGGUCCCUCUUUGGGCGGCGCAGCAGUUCUUUUUUCUCUGUGGGGAUUUGGUAAAGUUUCAUUGGUGCCAAGCAGUUUUAAAAGGAUUUGGCAAAGUAGGUGGUUUUGUUCUUGCGGCAGCUCUGGGUAUACUGACCCCAAAUCAAUAUCCGGGCCUCGAAUCAAGUAAAAAAGAAUAA